AAACAUGUGGGAAAAGACUAACUCUUUUUGCGUUUAUGAUUUAGUAUACGAAGAAAUGAUAACAAUAAAUAAUAAAAAUUCAGGCAGUAUCAUAGUUCGGGGCUGAAGUGAAUAAUUAUAUUAAAUCCGCAGUAACGUUAUGUUACAGGUUCUGCAUGCUAUAGGUUGUAGUAGGUUAUGUAUUGCAUGUUAAAGGCUGCUGGUCAUCAGUAUAAAAAAAGAACAGAGAAAGGGAUUUUUAAUAGAGUAACGAUUUAAAAGAGGCCGGAAGGACAUGAGUUUGUUACCCAGAACAGCCGAGGAGUUCAGCUCUGCAGAUUAUUGGGAACGAUUUUUCCGCAAACGAGGAGAAAAGGCUUUUGAGUGGUAUGGGGACUACAACUCACUGUGUGGCGUGCUGCACAAGUACAUUAAACCACGUGAGAAGGUUUUAGUGGUGGGCUGUGGGAACUCGGAGCUAAGCGAACAGCUUUACGAUGUCGGCUACCGCCACUUAACCAACAUCGACAUUAGUGAGACAGUUGUUGCUCACAUGAAUCAGCGAAACGUGCAGCGCCGUCCUGACCUCACCUUCCAUCAGGUAGAUGCCACUCAGACAGGUUAUGAAAGUGGCAGCUUCCAGGCUUGUCUUGACAAGGGAACUCUAGAUGCCAUGGCCUCGGAGGAGGAGGGCGUCGUGGCGAGCAAAAUGCUGGCUGAGAUGGGCCGAGUUCUGGCUGUGAGCGGCCGCUACAUCUGUGUGACUCUCGCCCAGGAGCAUGUGAUAAAGCUGGCAGUGGAGCAUUUUGCUGAAGCUGGCUUUGCCAUACGUAUCCACUGCCUGAUCGAACAGAACCCAGACUUGGAGUCCUCGUCAUUUGCUCUUCCUGUAUUCAUUCUCGUCUGCACCAAGUUCCGCCAGCCACCUCCUUUCAAAGUGCUGGAGAUGUGCCAGGGUGAAGACGGUGUCCCGUGUAGACUGGGGUCGGUUCCUGAACUUUUAGCUGCAGUAAAGGACCGGCAGGCAUAUGCACUCAUGCUGCAGAAGCUGAGGGGUGCCACAGACACUGCUAGCACGCCCUCCCUCACGCUAUGCCACGCAGCCACGGGCCGUCCCCGAUACACGCUCACGGUGCAGGACAGUCCACCUUCUGCCAAAGUACCCCGUACCAACCACUUUGCUAUUUUUAUUGUUCCUCAGGGUCGAGAAUCUGAUUGGUUGUACGGUUCUGCUGAGGGUCGCACUCAGCUGGCCGCCAGCGCAAACUUCCGCCGAUUGAUCAUUGUUACAAUGCAUCGAGACCAGGAAUAUAAAGACAUGCAAGUAGUCCAGUCUGAGCUCUCUCCCAUGGUGAUGGAACUGGCUCCUCCUGGAAUGCCAACCAAUCAGCAGGUGCCUUUCUUGUCUGUAGGAGGUGAUCUGGGCUGGAGGGAGGUGGUGGGCCGAGGUGUCAGUGGCUUAACAGGUGAGUAUUCUGUUGAAGAUGUUCGAGGAGAGGAUGGUCAUGUCUACCGUAGAUUAAUUUUCAUGAGCAACACUCAACUGGUGCAGUCUGAAAGCCGCCUGCGAUCCACCGCAACAACUGGUCCUGCUCAGAAAAAGAAGGGCAAGAAGAAAUCAAAACCCCCAGCUGCUGGAACUCCAGUUUCAGCCCACAAAAAUCACACUGUAGAUCGAGGAUUUCUCUGCUGUACUCAUCACGAGGUGAUGAUCGCAGGCUUCGCCAUGCUAGGAAAGGAGGCCAUCAAUAAUAAGGAUAGUCAAAUAUCAGUGUUGGUGGUGGGGCUGGGUGGUGGAGGGCUGCCCCAGUUCAUACGGGAUUUUAUACCUGGUGUGUGGGUGGAGGUUGUGGAACUUGACCCGGCUGUACUGGAGGUAGCAAAGACUUGGUUUGGGCUCCAGACUGAUGACAGACUGAAGGUAAUACUGGGAGAUGGUCUAGAACACAUCAGCGCACUGGAGAACAAGGGGGGACAUUCCUGUGAUGUCAUCAUGUUCGAUGUUGACAGCAAGGACCGCUCCCUGGGCAUGAGCUGCCCUCCGCCUGCCUUUGUAGAAACAUCCCUGCUGGAGAAAAUCUGCAAGUUGUUAACUCCUCGAGGAGUGUUUAUGUUAAACUUGGUGUGUCGUGACUCAGCUCUGAGGCAGUCAGUGUUGGAGCGUUUGCAGGCCGUGUUCCCGAGUGUGCUCUCUCGCCCUAUUGAGGGUGAAGUGAACGAGGUGCUGCUGUGCUCACGGGGUGGAGCUGAACGAAGCAAACCAAACACCAUCCCACAGGAGCUGCAGCAGGCUGCCAAAAACCUACAGGGGUCGCUGCAGAGCCACAGUCAGAAUGCUCCCUUUAACCCUCAGAUAGACAUUACUGCAAUGCUGAAAGCCUUGCGAGUAGCCUGAACUGGCUGUCAGGACACGUCAGAAUGGGGCACACAAUUGUGUGCCCACUUUACUGGAACUUUAAUAUUUUAAAAAUUGACAUCAGCUUAUUUUAAAACCAAAAGCAGAUGAUUUUUGAUUGUCAAAACUAUGCUACACUGUAAAAAAAGAAUAGUU